CAAAAUAUUAAUCUUCACUUAUUAUCCUUAUCUCUUCCAGACUGGGCCCCGAGCAAUCCGUUUCGCAUAGGGCAUCGCAAUCUGUGGGACCGGCCCUAUCGGGGGUCGAUUUAGAGUUUGUGUUUCAACACAAACUGUCUUUGAAACCUUGUUUAUUAAUAUUUUCAGUUCUCUGUGUUAUUUUUGAACAAGUGUGACCAUAAAAAUAAAACGUUCUACUGUGUACAAAAGGGAAAAUUAUUUCAAAUUUAUGCGUACAUACACGUGAAAGAAGAUUUCAACCAAUCAACUUGGAGACUGAAAGGGCUCUACAACGAAAUUGAGUUUGAGAGUGAAGUGAUCACCUUACCGACCAUUAAACAGAAGAGUUCCAACAGAAGUCUGUAGGUAUCGUUGCAACUGCUAAUAUCAUGUCUACCUAGGACUCUCGGACAAGUGCUGUAGUCGUUCCCCACUUAAGCGUUGAAGUCAUCCAAGAUAAUGAGUUUGUCAGCAGUGUCCACCUUACACACGACACUCCACUGCGAGCGUGGAAGCAUCUCUUGAAUACGAUCGUUCUAGCUUAAUUUGCCAGGAUUGUUUGCUUAUGGAUCAAAAUUUUACUUUAGAAGGAGCUGUCCAAUUAAACCAGAUUGUAGAUAAAGCUGAGGGAUAUAUAAACAUGGAAUGGAGAGGAAAUGAAUCAAUGCCUUUUGAAAUAUAUGACACAGUUUCUCUGGCGACAUGUGGCAGCUCAUCAAAUCUUACUUGCACUAAAGAAGACAAUGUUUAUAAACUUCGCCUCACAACGUUAGCUAAAAGCAAUCUUAACCAGUCAUCUUGGAGGAUCUGGGUCAAAUAUAAUGAGGUGGAAUUUUCAAGUGUUCCUAUCAAGCUGAUGAAUAUCUUUGAUUUAUCCAAAUUUGAAAUGAGACUAAAUGGACAAAGCUUAUCCUCUAGGAACUCUUCUUUAUCAAUAAAAGAGGAGGAAGAAAUAACCCUUUGUUGUGACUUUGCACCAUCGCCACGUGAAGCGGUUAUUACAGUCAACCAUAGCAAACGUUAUUCAAACCUUAGCUGCGUUACUUACAGACCAAGGAAGAGUGACAAGACAAAGUACAUGUUUGGAUGUGUCAUUUGUGGCAAUGGCACGUUUUCUCAAAAAUACUCCAUAGAAAUAGAAGAUGUGAAAAAUGGAUUAGGUGACUGGUCGGAAGCUAACAUAUUGCUAGCUGCGUUUGUUCCUCUAUGCUUAUUUGUUUUCAUCUUUUUGGUCAUUUGUUGGUGCAAAGUACGAUCUUCCUUUUGCAAAUCGCAUUUACCAGUCAAACGUCAGCCGGAUAUACCAGAAAAAAAACCACUAGUGUCUCCUCCACAAGACAAUACUCCAUCCCCAGUUGACAGUGUUUCAUCAGUAGUACUGAUACCUGAGAGUAUGUCAAUAAGGGAACGGCCAGCUGCAACUGCAAAGGAUACUAAGAAAAACCAAUAAUCUAAAAAAAUAUAAAUGUUAUAGACCCAUUAUAAUAAUAAUAAUAAUAAUAAUAAUAAUAAUAGUAAUCUUUAUUACCCAUAAGGAAAUCUGUCUUACAAUUUGUGCAUUACACAAAACAAACAUUAUAACUAUAGAAAACCAGAAUAUAUGUGGACAUAAGGCUUACUUACAAUUUACAAUUAAAAUGUUUAUAUUCGAUAUAUUAAGAGUUUUUGCAAGUUUUAUUAUUUGUAAUAUUUAGAAGACUUUUUUUUUUUACUUAGAAAAUUAUUGUCAGUAGCUUCUAAUGAAUUAUUUAACACAUUAUAGUUUCAAAAAUAGAAAACUACAGUAUUAUAAUGGAUAUAUUUGUUAAAAGUAGUACAACAUCGCCUUAGUAUUUGACUAAAACAGUGAUGUUUAAACUGCGGGCCAUUUUAGAUUCCGACAAUCGUGUCGCGGGCAACAUAAAAAAGGUAAUAAAUAAACCAUUUUUAAAAUAUAUAUUUGGGAAAUAUUUUUUUUAUUUUUUUUUAUUUUUUAGAGGGGAUUUUUUUAGACGUUUCGGCGGGUCGGAUAGAUUCACAUCGCGGGCCGUUUGUGGCCCAAGGGCCAUUUUUUUUGGGCAACACUGGGCUAAGAAAUUUCAAAUGAUAAGCAUUCGUUUUGACAGUUAAAGUAUUGUAGUUGGAUGCAUUUUUAAAGGCAUUAAGAAAAAAAAAUAAGUAUUAGAUAUUCAUUAAAAUGUUAUUACAUUUUAGAAAGUAUUAAACAUUCUAGAAACGUUUUAUUACAUCGCUAGAUAUAGAUACCUUAUCAUUACAUAUAUACAUAUGUAAAAAUAUACAAAAAUAUACAUGUUUGUUGUUAAGCUAGGAUUCUUCUCUUAUCUUACGGCAAGCAGAAUAUGCUUUAAGAAGUAAGUCCAUUGUUUGUGUAAUUUGUACGCAAAAAAUGUAUCAUCUCAUUUUGUUAAAGUGUCUAAUUUUAGCUCAUGUACAGACACACAAAGCUGACGAACAAUACUUAAGUUAGUACUUCAAUUCAGCAUUUCAUGCAUACUGUGAUUUUGUUCUGUGAUCUCUUGCCAAAUAUACAAGUGGCCUGCAAUAGAAAUGUAUACAAUUUCUAUUCAUACCAAACAUGUGUGAUCUCGUUUUUUGAUAGCUUGACUUCAACUGCUUCAUAGUAAAUGCUGAUUUAAAUUAUCUUAUAAAUAAUAUAAGUAUCUUAGUAUACUAGUUCUAUUCACCUGUAAUCUAAAUAAUUUAGUCAAAGCCAUGUUUUUUUUUUUUAAUUAUUGCAUUUGUUUAAUUACGACUGUGUAAGUGUGUAUGUUGUGUACAUUUUUUUUGUGCUUAGUACAUUGUUGUUGACAUUUUUUACCCGCUAACUAAGCCAAAUAUUCAUGACUCUUUUAAAUUCUCAUUCUAGGUUUGACUAAAAGAAAUAAAGAAAAAUAUACAUAAGUGUAUUACAGAUUAAAAUUACCAUACAUUGAUUUAAAUAAUUGUUUUAUGACUUUCAAAUUCAAGUUGUAAUUAGUAUAAGACAUGUUUCCUUUUUUUUUCCUUUAACGGGACACUUCGCACAUACUGAGUAUUUAGUGGAAUACUUUGCUUAUUUUUUUAUAGAGAUCAAUUUACGUAAUGGAACCCUAGUUAGUUAUUAUCCAGUAGUUCGUGGAAAACCUAUUCAGGCCUAGCGAUACACUAUUUAGGAAAUUCAAAAUUUUUAGUCUUAAGAAAUCGUCUUGAUCAUGUUUAUAAAUUCUUUUAUCAUAAACAUCUCUCUAAAACAGACAAUUUUUGUCUAUGCAAUACCUAAGCAAAGUAAGAAAUGGAGAAUAAUUUUUAACUUUGACUGAAAACGCCAUGCAGGAAUUCUUUAGAAUGUCUGCAAAUCACACUUUACCGAUUGCAUAUAAUUUUGUAUAUUCAGUUUAUUUAAAGGAGGAUUGAGCUAAUUUAUACAGGUUUACGUAUUAACGUAGAAUGCUAGUAUGUUUAAACUUAUAAUAAACUAAAAUAAAAUCAUUAAAUAUGUGACAGGUUAAGAUAAGUACAUUUUCAUUUGAAUUUGUCGUUUGAUUCUGUUUAAUGAUUUCGAUUUUGUAUCAUUAACAUUGCUUCGUGUGCUAUUAAAAUUGUUUUUACUCAUA